AUGAUGCAUUGUUUUGAUAUGUUGUAUUCUCCAACGCUUCUGGAAACUCAGUACCAAAGCAAUGAACUACAGAGGGAAACUCAGAGAGAUGCAUAUGAGUUCAGAAAGCUGGGAGAAGUUAAAGUUCUUGGAGCAUCUCUAAGUAUUUUUUGCUGCAGAAUUGAAUGGGCUCUGAAGCACAAAGGGAUAACCUACGAGUACAUAGAAGAAGACUUGAGAAACAAGAGUACCCUGCUCCUCAAGUCAAACCCUGUCCAUAAGAAAAUCCCAGUGCUUCUGCACGGUGAUAAACCAGUUGCAGAGUCCCUUAUCAUCCUUGAGUAUAUAGAUGAAACAUGGAGGGAGAACCCUCUAAUGCCAGAUGAUCCUUCUGAAAAAGCAAUGGUGCGAUUUUGGGCAAAAUAUGUUGACGAGAAGUGUGUGAUCAGUGCAUGGACUGCUAGCCGUACAAAAGGCCAUGAACAAGAGAAAGCAAUAGAGUCAACACAAGAAUCACUCAAACUUCUGAAUAAGCUCAUUGAAGGCAAGACCUUUUUUGGAGGAGAAACCAUGGGUUUCCUAGACUUAGUGGUGGGAUCUUUACCUAACUGGAUCAAAUUCAUAGAAGAAUUUGUUGGCAUAAAGCUAUUUGAUACGAAAGAGUUGUCAUUUCUUCAUGAAUGGGCACAGAGAUUCACUGAAAUUCCAAUAAUCAAAGAAAGUAUUCCAAUGAAGGAAGAUCUCCUCAAUUACUUUCGAGCUCAGCAGAAUGCCAAAUGA